GUAAAUGGUGAAUGCCGGGUCCUGGGGAGAGCGAUAUAGUGAAUGCGGGGGUCCGGGGAGAGCGGAUUAUAGUGAAUGCGGGGUCCGGGGAGAGCGGAAAUGGUGAAAUGCCGGUCCGGGGAGGAGCGGAAAUGGUGAAUGCGGGGUCCGGGGAGAGCGGAUAUAGUGAAUGCGGGGUCCGGGGGAGUAGCGGAUAUAGUGAAUGCGGGGUCCGGGGAGAGCGGAUAUAGUGAAUGCGGGGUCCGGGGAGAGCGGAUAUAGUGAAUGCGGGGUCGGGAAGAGGGAUUAUAGUGACUGCGGGGUCCGGGAGAGCGAAAUGGUAAUGCGGGUCCGGGGAGAGCGAAAUGGUGAAUGCCGGGUCCCGGGGAGAGCGGAAUAUAGUGAAUGCGGGUUCCGGGGAGAGCGUCAUAUGAGUGAAUGCGGGGUCCGGGGAGAGCGGAAAUGGUGUGAAUGCCGGGUCCGGGGAGAGCGGACAUGGUGAAUGCCGGAAGAGCGGAUAUAGUGAAUGCGGGGUCCGGGGAGAGCGGAUAUAGUGAAUGCGGGGUCCGGGAGAGCGGAAAUGGUGAAUGCCGGGUCCGGGGAGAGCGGAUAUAUGAAUGCGGGGUCCGGGG